GCUGCUUUUUUUUUCCCCAGAUGAAAUCAGUGACUUGUCAAGCGCAUACUCUCUUCUACGUGUUUCACUUCUUGAAUACACCUGGCGUACACAGUAAAAUCUCGAGAGUCAAGCCAAUCGCUCAACAAUAUGUCACAUCUCCGUUACUACGCCUAUGAAGGGUUUGGUCAACGGAACUUGGAGAGGUUUAGUUACAAUCAAGCCGUGCGUGUCGGCGACAAGAUUGAGUGUUCUGGCCAAGGCGGAUGCGACCCCAAGACGGGUGAGUUCUACAAAGAGAUCAACGCGCAGAUCGACCAAGCGUUUGCCAACGUCGAUCUGAACUUGAAAGACGCCGGCGGCAAGGGUUGGGAGCAGGUUUACAGGGUCAACUCAUACCAUGUGCCGAUCAACAAUGAAGCUCUAGGCGCCAUGGUUAGGAACUUCAACAAGUGGAUGCCUAACCACAAGCCUAUCUGGACAUGUGUGGGGGUCACUAGACUAGCCGAAGACGACAUGCGCGUGGAAAUCGAGGUUGUUGCUCAUGACCCAGAGGGUGCUGCCAAAGCUUGAAUACGGAGCUGAAACAUACUAUCGAAGUAGUGUAGUACUUGGUGUGAUGGGAAGGGUUCACGAGAGGGUGCGCGCCAUCAUGUCUGUGAUUUCUAGAAUUGUCAAAUCUCAAUUAUUGUAUA